AUGACAAAUGAGCAAAAAAAGACCCCUGAAAAAGUAGAUUUUUAUGCGAUUUUGAAGUACAAAAUUUUGAAAUUUCCGCGGCUGUCGAAAAAGGGAAAGAACGGCAUUGAAGAUUCACUGAUUCCAUACAGUGCCCUCUUUCCGUCACUUGCGAACAUGAUUGGAAGCACAUGUAACAUCGAUCAUACAGAACAGCCGGAUUUGAUCCAAGGAACCAUCAAUAACGGGGUUCAAAACAAGGAGAAUACGAAUGAGAAAGUCACUUCCUUCGCGAAAAUUCGCCAUUCCUUGACUCGAGCUGAAUCUGAUCCAAAAGUUGAAACGAUUGUUUAA